AUGGUUGAAUGGUGUGCUAUUGUGUUUGACAAAAAGGGCAGCGAUAGAUCCGCUUGUAGACCCCAACAUCUAGAGGGUGUAUCAAGCUCUUUUGGAAAAGGCUUACUGAAAUGUGCUGGUGCUAUUUAUCACGAAGUUGGAGCGGAUGGGAAGCCCACUAACUUUGCGGGUUCUAAUUUGCACAUCGAGGCUGACACAAAGGAGGAGGCUUUACAGGUGAUCUACAAUGAUGUAUUCGCCAAAGAAGGCAUUUGGGAUCUCGAUAAUAUAAUUAUCUACCCGUUCGGCUGUGCGGUCCGUGCUCCUAAAUAA